ACAUCAUCGACUUUACAAGGCUUUCCGCCAAAUGCCGGAAUAGGUCCUGUAAGGUCCUCUUUCAAUGUAAUCGAGCCAUCUGCUCAUUCUUAUCCUCAGUAUAAACCUUUAAAUAUAAGUUGGAAGGGUUUUCUCAUUAAUGAUAACC